AUGUUCAACUUCUCGAACCUCGCCCGCCUCACUGGUUUCGCCCGCUCUGCCAGCCGCUCCGUCUCCGGUUCGCAGCCAACCAUCACACUUUUCCACAACACAAAGCUGCCACACUCCCACCAUCUCUUGAAGAGAUUGCAGGAGAGACCAACACAAUACCGUUUGGAUGUCAGAACAGACCAAUUGCCUCUGUACCUGACGUACCAUUUCAUCCACGAAAAGUGCAUCAAUGUCCACCCACAGAACGCUCGCGGGUUCGAGCGUAUCUUUCCUAGCCUCCUUGCUCUGCUGAACCACACCUUCUGCGACAGGGAAGUGAUCAGAAAUUCCAAGACCAAGCAGUUUGUGCCGGACAUUGACCUUGUGCUGGAGCAGAUGUACCUCGACAAGGUGGCCAACCACAAUGCACAGAAGGUGCCUCCUUUUGCAGUCGACUGGGUCAACCAAUUGAUUGCUGUGGACGACGAGAGCUUGAACCGUGUUUUUGCAAACUACAACCUGACGCACAUUGUGAAGCACGGAGCCGAGAAGCUCAAGGGUUCUGCUGUGCUGGCUCAUGAGAAAGACCCUCUUCCAGAGAUCAACUUCAACCGUGUCGCCACCGACACCUUCACGUCACGGGCACUGGCUGCCGCCAUGGCUUGCGCCGUGCACCCUCACAUUGCCGAGUUUGCCGAUCUUUUCUAG